AUGGCUGCAACAAAGCAUCUCCUCGCCGAGAGCGAGGAGAACGGCGUCGACCGCCCCUCCAAGAAGACCAAGAUCGCCGACGCCGACGAGAAGGCCCGCUUGAAGAAGGAGAAGAAGGAGCGCAAGGAGAAGAAGCGCAAGACAGAGGAGGAGGCUGCUGAGGCUAGCGCCGAGAAGGCUGAAGACUCCGAGGCUGAGCGCGCUGCUGAGAAGGAGCGCAAGAAGGCCAAGAAGGAGAAGAAGAAGGAGAAGAAGCUCAAGGCUGCUGAGGCUGAGGUUGAGGAGUCUACUGAGCAGAAUGGCGAUGUCUCUGAGGAGGCUCCCAAGGAGAAGAAGUCUAAGAAGGACAAGAAGAAGUCCAAGUCUUCUUCUGUGUCGAAUGGCGACGCCUCCGGCAAGGGCGCCUACUCUCAGACCAUCAGCCUCUCCAGCGUUCCCCAAGCCGACAUUGACAACUUCCUCUCCACCAACCAAAUCGUCAUCACCGACCCCAAGUCCGAAACCGUCUCCCUCCGACCUGUCCUGGAGUUCUCCCACCUCCCCGCCACGAACCUCCUCGAGAAGAAGCCUUCGCCUUUCGCCAACUACAAGACCCCCACCCCCAUCCAGGCCGCUUCAUGGCCCUUUACUCUGUCUGCCCGUGACGUGAUAGGAGUUGCUGAGACGGGUUCCGGCAAGACCAUGGCCUUUGCGCUGCCUUGUGUUGAGGCUGUUUCGGCAAUUGGCGGAAAGAGCACCAAGGCGGUUAUUGUUUCGCCUACGCGAGAGCUUGCCAUGCAGACCCAUACUCAGAUGGCUCAGGUCGCUGCUUUGAACGGUCUCAAGUGCGUGUGUCUCUUUGGAGGUGCCUCCAAGGAUGACCAGCGUGCGCAGCUUCGUCGUGGUGCCGACAUUAUCGUCGCUACUCCCGGCCGUCUCAAGGACUUUAUGUCUGAUGACACCGUGGAUCUUAGCCAAGCGGCCUUUGUCGUCCUCGAUGAGGCUGACCGUAUGCUUGACAAGGGUUUCGAGGAGGAUAUCAAGCAGAUUCUGGGCAGCUGCCCUCCUCGUGAGCAGCGCCAGACGCUCAUGUUCACUGCGACAUGGCCCCAGUCGGUGCAGGCUCUUGCUUCAUCCUUCAUGGUCAGCCCCGUCAAGAUCACCAUUGGAUCCAGUGGCAAGGAGACCGCGGGUGGAGCCGUCGAGUUGCAAGCCAACGCACGAAUCUCACAAAGCGUCGAGGUUCUUGAGCCCAGAGAGAAGGAGUUCCGACUUUUGCAGCUCCUCAAGGAGCACCAGCAGGGCAAGCAGAAGAACGACCGUAUCCUGGUGUUCUGCCUGUACAAGAAGGAAGCCACCCGUGUGGAGAACUUCCUGAGCCGCAAGGGAGUCCGCGUUUGUGGCAUUCACGGUGAUCUGCGACAAGAGCAGCGGACAAAGAGUCUCGAGGCGUUCAAGACUGGUGUGACUCCUGUUCUUGUUGCUACUGAUGUUGCGGCCCGAGGUCUGGAUAUCCCCGAGGUCAAGCUGGUUAUCAAUGUUACAUUCCCCUUGACCAUCGAAGAUUACGUCCACCGUAUUGGACGAACUGGCCGAGCUGGCAAGACUGGUCAGGCCAUCACCUUUUUCACAGUGGAGGACAAGUCGCACUCUGGCUCUCUUGUCAACAUCCUCCGAGGUGCCAACCAGCCCGUGCCUGAGGACCUCCUCAAGUUCGGAACCACCGUCAAGAAGAAGGCCCACGACAUGUACGGUGCCUUCUUCAAGGACGUCGACAUGAACCAAAAGGCCACCAAGAUCACGUUUGAUUAA